AUGUUUCAACGCCGUCGUGGUGGUGGCCGUCAUAGUGGAGGCAGAAGCCAAGCUCACGUGGUCCGACCUGAGCUGGAGGGAGAAGCUUCCUCAGAUGGAGCCUCGGUGGCAGUAAGAUCUCACGCCACCACGGUUUCAGAAGUUCAGGUACAGCCAGGUGUGACUGUUAGGUCAGGUUUGGACCUUAAAGCGAAGCUUCCUAGCCCGGAUACAGACGCUUUGGGUGAUCAGCAGGCUGACACACCUGCGCGGGCGCCGGAUAAUGCGUUGGGAGCGUCAUCUGCUGAAUUGAAGCAAGUGUUGGACACCAUACAGGCGGUGCAACGCCAGUAUGAGCACUUACAUGCUCAAGUAGAGUAUCUUAACCAAAUGCGUGAUCUGAGGCGUGGACAACGUGUGGAUGCUGAGGACGUGGUUGAUUUUCAGCCUUUUGCGCCCAUUGUAGCUGCCGUGGAGAUUCCGGAGCACUUGCAGACUUUGACGCUGGAUAUGUAUGGGGGCGACACUGACCCAAUCGAUCAUUUACGGUAUUUUAAUACUAAGAUGGUCAUUGGAGGGGCGACUGAUGCGGUAAAGUGCAUAUUAUUGCCUUCCACAUUUAAGAACGUGGCAAUGACUUGGUUUAUCAAACAGCCUCCGUAUUCCAUUUCAAACUUCACCGAUUUGUCGACAAAGUUCUUAACACAAUUUUCAGCCAAUCAAACUCAAAAGGUGACCCCGGCUGAUUUGUUCAACAUUCGUCAACACGUGGGCGAGCGCAUCAAAACAUGCAUGGCUCGUUUCAGUCGAGUCUCAGUUCAGUUAGAGGACGCUAGUCCAGAAGUAUGUGUGGCGACCUUCAAGAACGGACUCAGGUGUGGAUCGUUGAACAAGGACCUAACUAGAAGACCAGCCAAGGACAUGAUGGACCUACGUGCCAAAGCACAGGAAUUCAUCCUGGUGGAACAAGAUGAACAGACCAAAAAAGAUAGAGACAACUGGCGUACCCAACCUGAAGCUACAAUAGAAAAAGGGCGUGGUUCGAAAGAUCAGCGUCCAGCCCAAACGCCGCGCCAGCCUAGGCCCAUGCCAUAUCCAUCAGGAAGACAGGGGCCACAAGGUAACACUUGGCAUCCGAAUGCUCCGCCCACUCUAGCAAGCCAGGGAGGAAAUGCACCCGCCCAAGGGCAACAAACCAAAUUGAACGCUCCUCUUAGUACGAUCUUGCGGGCGGUCAGACAGACAAAUGUAGUUCAGUACCCAAGGCCACCUAGGCGACCUCCUGCAAAUGUGGACACUACCAAGUGGUGUGAAUUUCAUAAAACCAUGGGACACACUACGGAUAAUUGCUGGACUUUGCGCAAAGAAAUUGAGAGAUUGAUUAAAGCAGGUCACUUGGCAAACUUCGUCUUAGGUGAAAACGCACAGUGUGAAGCUGUCAAGGCCGUCGGGGGUGGCUCAUCAAAAGGAAAGAAAGUAGUAAAGGAUUUGGGAGUGCCCGCUGGGUCGUGCUCGUCAAUCGCUGGAGGAUUUGGUGGCGGGCGUUUAUCUUGUAGAGGGCGAAAAAGGUAUGUAGAGGCGGUGAAUUCAGUUCACAAAGCCUAUGAAGGGGAAUGUUGGUUGAACCACACUCCUAUCACUUUCACACCUAAAGACUUUGAUCAUGUGAUUCCACAUGACAAUGAUCCAAUAGUGGUGACUUUGCGAGUGAACAAUUAUAUCACUAAGAAAGUCUUUUUGGACCAAGGUAGUUCAGCGGACAUCAUUUAUGGCGAUGCAUUUGAAAGGUUGGGUUUGAAGGAGACAGACUUGAAGCCAUAUACAGGAUGUUUAGUGGGGUUCACCGGCGACCGAGCCAAAGUCAGAGGAUAUGUGGAGUUGGCGACGACUUUUGGAGAAGGGGAAUUUGUGAAAAAAUUCCAAGCGAAGUAUUUAGUUCUUCCAUGCAAGGCGACGUACAAUGUACUUUUGGGGCGCGAUACUUUAAACAAAAUGCGCGCUAUAAUCUCAACCGCCCAUUUAACAGUAAAGUAUCCAGCUUGUAAUGGAAAAAUUGGAAUUUUAAGGGUAGAUCAAGAGGCUGCAAGAGCAUGUUAUGCUGAAAGUCUGGCGCUUUAUGGUAAAAAGGCGGCCAAGGAGGCUCAUCGUAUCACGGAAAUCUUUCCACAUGAAGAUUUUAAUUUGGAUCCACGUGAUGACUCAGAGGAAUUGGGACCUCAGCCUGCGGAAGAGACAAAUCUAUUCAGGUGUCUGGGUGUGCUUUGA